CUGAUGGCUCUCCUCUUGUAGCUCUGCUGUGGAAUCCACCGAGCUUCACCACUGAUGUCCAAAAUGCACCGAUCUGAUGCUACUGCAGAUGAUGUGGUGCUGCGGAAGAAAGAGCAGAAAGAUGUUGAACUGGAUAAGAAAAUCAUAGCUUUGCGGAAAAAGAAUGAAGCACUUAUGAGAAGAUACCAGGAAAUAGAAGAGGACAGAAAGCGAGCAGAGCAGGAGGGAAUGGCUGUCACCUCAAGGAGACCGAGGGCAGAUGGCCUCACUAUCACUAUUACCAAAGCUCAUAACGAGAAAAGAGUAGUGAGUGAAAAAUGGGGAAGCGGCUGCUCUGCUGCCUCAAGCUUUGGGAUUGGUAGUGAAGAGGAGGAAGAUGAUGAGGAAGCAGAUCAUUUGUUUACAUUCAAGAUGGGGAAGAGGAUGCAACUGGCAGUUACCAUGGAUAAUAAAGCCAAGGGGAAGCGGAUUGUUAGUGAAAAACGGGGGUCAGAGUGUCUGGGGAGCCCAGGGGACGCCCCAGACAUCAGUGAGGAAGAGAUGGAUCAGCUGGUAGCUUUCCGGAGAGGAAGAAGAAUGCAGAUUGCUAUUACCAUGGAUAACAAAAGCAAGGUGCAGGAAAAAAGAGUGGUGGAGAGGAGGAAGUCAGAGGGCGACAAGCAUCCCGAAAACAUUCCUGGCAGAAAGGAGAGAGGGAAAUCUCCCCAGAAGACUCCAGGAGACAAGGGUUGUUCCCUGUAUGGAAGAGAGAGGUCAGAAUAUACGCAGUGGAAGAAGGAGCGGGAUCAGAUUGACCUUGAGCGACUGGCACGUCACAAGAAUGCGAGGGGAGAAUGGCGACGGGCUUGGGACAUAGAAAAAUCAGAGCGCCUGUUUGAAGAUACUAAGGAUGGGGAACUAGCUUUGGAUUAUGUCCACAGUAAGAAAGUUGCAAGAAAUGUCAGGAAGUCCCAGCACCGAUCAUUGCCAGCCGAAGGAAAAAGUGGAGGACCACACAGAAUGGGCACCAGUGAGUCUGCUCCCAGAACAUUGCCAGUAAUGAGCAGUAAAGCCAGAGGAAAGGACCGAUUGACGGGCAGAGCCAGACGAUGGGAUGCCAAAGAAGCUGAAGAGCUACCCUUUGUAAAAGAUGAUCUGGAUAACCAGAGACACCCUAGAACUGAACAACUAAAGAAUCAAACUCUGGUCAGUGAGCCAGUAAAGGAACAUAACUGCACCACAGAGUUAGAUAAGAAUGCUAAGCCACAAGAGGCCCAAGAUGACCACAGUCUUCUCAUGCUACAAGCUCAAAGAUGUGGAAAGAGCCCAUUUGCCUCCAGUGAAAAUACCAGGAAAUGCUUUGCUCAGGAAAGGCCUGCCUCUGGCAUGGAUGACCCUGAGGCAGAAUCCAAGCUCAGUAAUACAAUUAUUGGGGCUGAUCAGUCCCCCAAGGGCCACUGUAUGAAUAGCAGCUCUUGCCAGGGGGUGGCCCAGAGUGUAAUGCAGACUGCUGGAUGUGCCAUUAAGGAGAUCAGUUCUGCAGAAAAUGGCUUAGCCAGAAAUAUGCACUUUGAAAAGAGCCCUAGUGACGAGUGUACAGAAAUGGAUGCUGGAGGUGAAGGACUGUCACCAGCCAGACAAGCAGAAGGAGAGGCCCAAACUCUGGGCCUCGAGAUGCAAAGAAUCUCUGAGAAAGAAAGUGAUGCCACUGCCUGCCUUGUACACAGGGAGGAGUUCUGCUCCCCAAAUCAAGAAAUCCCACACAGAACUAAUACAUUUGUACAGGAUGGAGCAAAAAUGAGAAACAAACAGGACCAACCUGAGACAUGCAAUAAGGAAGCAAAAAAUUAAGAGAGAACAUGCUGAGCUCCAAGAGCAUGAAGGACAAUGUAUAAUGCAGAGCUGGUUACAAAACAGAAGAGCAAAAUCUCUCCCUCUGACACCAUCCUUCCAUACCAGGCUUUCCCUCUUCCCAUGAACACCAUCCACGGCAGGCAACAUUUGCUUAUUUGGGAGCCCGUUGUGUCCUGAAAUUGUCUGUUCAGCUUUGGCAGCAGUCUCCCCCAAAGCGCAUCCUCCGUGCCAAAGACAGAAUACCUACAGCAAAGCACCGAUGCUUUUAUUUUUAUAUCUAACUCCCCCCACCUAUACUGUGGGCAUGUGGCCAGCCAUGAUGCACUUUAUGUUAUUUAAUAACUAAUUUUAUUUCAAACUUGGGUUUGCUUGUAGAUAUUUACUUCUUUUCCCCUCUCCUAUAUAAUAGUCAAUGGGUAUAUUAUCCAGAGAAUAGGCUUUACACAGUCGCAUCAUGCUUGAGCCUAUGGCUGACCAAUCAGAGACAAUGGAGUAGAGG